AUGCUUAUGACACACAUCACAGCCCUGUAUAAUGUCUUAUGGGUCUUAUUGCUUACUACAUUUAUUAUACCAACAAAUGCAUUUUUACCACUAUCAAUAGGAAUACCAAUACCAAAAUUACCUUUCCGUCCCCAAUUAUCAAAUGAUAAUGAUAACUUAAAUCUUCUAGAAUUAUCUCCAGGUAAAACAAAAUUGGUUAGUGAUGCUGAAAAGCUUUCUAUGAAAAGGAGAGGGGUGAAAUUUAUGGACUUAACUCAUGUAAAUAACAACCUAUUUUUUAAAAAGAUCGCAUCUGAUAUAAUUGAAGUUCCUGAGUAUAAUUAUCCAACCAAUUUAAAAAGUGUUGAAAAUUAUCUACCUAUUUUUGCAAAAAUUAACGAAACCAACAUGUAUAAUAAUAUUGCUAAAUUAUCAAGUUUUUAUACAAGAUAUUAUAAAUCGCAUUAUGGAGUAGAGAGCGCUGAUUGGUUAUAUCAGUAUUUACAGAAUUUAAUUGCUCCAUAUAAUGAUGAUUCUAAUGGUAACAUUUCUGUGGAGAAAUUUAAACAUGAAGGCUGGCCGCAAUUCUCCAUAAUUGUCAAGAUUAAGGGUAGUACAAAUACCACCAUUGUUUUAGGUUCUCAUCAUGACAGUAUGAAUUUGAUUUUACCAAGCAUGUUACCUGCUCCAGGUGCUGAUGAUAAUGCGUCAGGUACAGCCGUUAGUUUAGAAACAUUAAGGAUUUUAUUGCAAACACUAUAUACACAAGAUACUGAUGACACUUAUAUUACCUUGAAAAAUAGCAUUGAGUUUCAUUUUUAUAGUGCUGAGGAAGGUGGAUUAUUGGGUUCACAAGAUGUGUUUACAAACAAACGAUUAAAUAAGGAAACGGAAAAUGUUGUAGCCAUGUUGCAAUUAGAUCAAAUAGGUUAUUCCAACACGAACACCAAUAACAAUAACAAUAACAAUAAUAAUAAUAAUAAUAAUAAUAAUAAUAAUAAUAGGAAUGAACAUAUUGGUAUAGUUACAGAUUAUGUUUCAGAUAAAUUAACAGCUUUUAUUCGUAAAUGUAUUACUACAUAUUUAGCUAUUCCAUAUCUAGAUAACGAGUGCGGGUAUGCUUGUAGUGAUCAUGCAAGUGCUUUUAAAAAUGGUGUUCCAUCUGCAUUUGUUGCAGAGUCUGUAUUGGAUGAAGAUAAUAAAUAUACCCACACUAAUAUGGAUACUAUAGACAGACUUAAUUUCAAUCAUUUAACAGAAUUUACCAAAUUAUCUUUGUGUUAUAUUUUAGAAUUGGGAAAUUUUGAAAAUUUUUAA